UUCUGUUGCUAUUGGACCUGAGAAGGAUCGCUAUGGAAACAGGAAUCCCAUUAUUCCAUCAGGGGUUCCAAUUUCAUCACAAGAAGAAUUUAUCUGUGAGCGAAGCCCUUUUUAAUCAGUCAGUGUUUGGACUCUGCUCUGGAGGACAUCUAGUGAUGGCCACAACUUCAGCAGGAGAAGCAAAAGAAGAUCUUUCGCCUUGCAUUCCCAGUGAUAAAAAGGAUGAGCUCGAGAAAUGGCCCAACCAGAUACACUUGCCCAAGUUUUCUGUAAAACAAGGGCUAAUUCCCAGGCAUUACGUGAUGAACUGGAAACAAGACAUGAAAUUCAGGAGAGUGCAUCUAAAGCAUGCACAGCUGAGUGGGAUCCACGCAGGUCCUUUAGAAGAAAGCCUGUUUCUGGAUCGCUCUGAAAGACUUUGCCAUGGGGAAGAUCGCGAUAAGGUUUUAAAGAAAAUUUCCCCCCACCUAAAAAUAGCUGAUAUGCCUUUACAUUCUCCUCUUUCCAGAUAUCAAAGUACUGUUAUUUCUCAUGGAUACAGGAGGCAACUGAUAUAAAAAA